UUCGCCUGAUGCAACCAUUGCACGGCUGCCAGGCCCUUGCACAACACAGACACCCGAUGGCUGGUUAACGAUUGACCGGGGCUGAAGGGGCGCUGAGGCAUAAAAGGCAGCAGUGGCGCCGCGACCGCACCUCCAGCCACUCAGCCGCGGCCAUGCUCGCCCUGUGUCUGCUGUGCUCCCUGCUAACGACGGCCUGGCCGGCCUCUGCGGCCCCUGUGGGCAGCGUGGAGCCGGCACAGCACGAGGAGCUGACCCUGCUCUUCCACGGGGCCCUGCAGCUGGGCCAGGCCCUCAACGGCGUGUACAAGACCACAGAUGCACGGCUGACGGAGGCCCGGCACAGCCUAGGCCUCUACGGCCGUGCCCUGGGGCUCCUGGGGCAGGAAGUCAGCCAGGGCAGGGACGCGGCCCAGGAGCUACGCGCAAGCUUGCGGGAGAUGCAGGGGGAAGAGGAGGCUCUGCAGCUGCAGGCGGAGGCCACGGCCCGGGCGCUGGGGAAGGCGGCCCAGGGGCAGCAGGUGCUGCGGGAGAACAUGCGGCAGCUGGAAGCCCGGCUGAGAGGGGCCUGGCUGGGCCCGGCCCAUCAAGAAUUCGAGGCUUUGAAGGCCCAUGCUGACAAGCAGAGCCACAUCCUGUGGGCCCUCACGGGCCACGUGCAGCGACAGAGGCGGGAGAUGGUGGCCCAGCAGCACCGGCUGCGACAGAUCCAGGAAAGGGACGCUGCCACGCCCCAUGCGGCCCCUGCACAGGGAGGAGCUGCCUGUCUGCUGGGGUCAGCCAGGCUGUCGGGCCCCGCUUCCGGCCCUGGAUCCGAGACAGAAGCAGGUGGGGACGAAGGCAGAAGACACGGCCCCACGGAGGAGAAGUGAAGGAAAGACAUGUGUCCUUUCAUGCCUACAUACCCACUAAAGCAACAGUGGCAUCUCACCCCGGGUGUCUGUGUGUGUCUGGGACAAAGGGGGCCUCACUUUGCACGAUGCAUGAAUGCCCUCCCCCC